UCGUCACAAAAAAAAAUUGAAAAUUAGAAAAGAAAUUAAUGUGGAAAAAAUGAAGUGUAAAUCUAUAGCAUGUCUAAUUAUCUUACUAAAUAUUGCUGGCGUAAUCGUUCUUGCAUCAUCUGCUUAUGACAGCAUAGAAUGUGAUCCACAUUCAAAUCGUGCUAGAACGGGUCGAGCGCGAUUAAUUGAAUCCAUUCCAUGUGAUUUGAAUAAGCAGAGUUAUUGUAAUUUACCAGGGGAGUCAUAUCCAUGGAAUGCAGUUAAAAAAUUUGUUUAUGACAAUCAAGGUCUAGUUCGUCGUAUGUAUGGCGACGUCCGACACAUCUUUGUUAUGCAAUCGGAACUAGAAAAUGAAAUUGAUUUCGACGAUAUAAAGCUUACAGCUGAUAAAUAUUCAAAAGCAUUUAAUACGCAUAAUAAGCCUAGACAUCGGCAGAUGAAAGCCAAGAAAGUGACAGCAAAAGCAACGACAACAACGAGAAAAAAUUAUCGAAGUGGUGAUACGAGUGAGCCACAUUUUCGACCAGCUCAAAGACCUGCCGCAAUAAAUACAAAACAGCGUACAAAACCACCAAAACUUACAAUCCAAUCCAAUGAGCAAAGUGAAAAGACUUCAUUGAUUGAUAAUUUAAUUCUAACGAAUGUCGAGUCGCUGACAAAUACGAAGUUAAAUGAGAAAUCAACGUCACAAACGACAACAAAAUUGACAUCAAUAACAUCGUCAUCAACGACGACGCCUAGUCUUAGUACAAGUGAAAUUAUGAAUGACGAAGACAGCAACAGAAUAGUUGAUAAUCAUGAGCAGCAAGCAUAUGAUGAUGAUGAAAGUGAUCGUGAGAAAAAUGAAACAGUCGAUAUAGCAGUUAUCGAUCUUUUCAGCAACAUUAGUUCAGCACUUUCUGCUUCAUCGACAUCAACAGUCAGCACAACAGAGAAAGUAUUGACGGAAUCAACUACAAUGUCUUCAUCAACGACAAGCUCGACAUCAAUAUCAAGUGAAAAGCCGUUGAUAAUGACUAAAAAUAAAGUCACAACAGAAGAGAAUGAGGAACUGGAGGAAGUUGUUGAUGACAUUUUGAGUGAGCUUGUUAAUGACUCAUCAUCAUCAGCCUCAUCCACUUCCGCUGUUUUUGAUAAGAUUGAUGAUAAGGGACAAGCUUCUAAAGAUCCUUCAUUAACAUCAACUACGGAGGCACAAUUAUAUCAAGAUGCCAUUCCCACUGCGAACAGGCGUGGAGUAAACGCUUGUCCGGUCAAAGAGGAAGUAGUCGCACCAUUUUGGGGUAAUAAUACUCGAGGUGAAAUCCUUGCAUUACUCAACGUCUAUCCAUUCGAGCAGUACAUAAAUUGGGAGAAGUGUACAAAUGAAAAUGAGCAAAUGUAUUGUCGAAAAGGAUGUCGCUGUGAGCAACAAUAUCGUUUGCAUCGUUUACUUGCAUAUAAUCCACUUGAUGCAUGUCGAGGUAUCUUUUCUGAUUGGUUUCGAUUUCCAUCAUGUUGCAUUUGCAAAUGCUAUGACAUUCCAUUCGACUAUCGAGUGACAUCGAGAAGUCCUCGGGGUUCAGAUAGAGUAUUAGAUGCUGCCAUUAGUGAUAAUGAGGAUGUUGAGAAUGAUGACGACGAUGGUUUUGAAAAUGACGAUAAGGAUAGUGAUGGAAAUUACUAUUUUGAUGACGACUAUGAGAACGAGUAGUUGCGGUUUUACACAACAAAAGAAAAAGUUUAGUUGAAG